AUGGCAGACUGGAGACAAGAAUACCUUGCCGGUAUCAGGGACGCCGAGAGCAAAAGCCCUGUCAAUCGCGAGCUUAUCGCAGCAUAUUCGCAACUUGCCGACCGGGUAUCCGUUCUCGAAGCUGAAAAGGCGGCUCUUCUGGCUCAAUCCGAAAGGACUGCUACUCCUCAGACCCCGGCAGUCAAAGGCUCACCGGCGCCAAAAUCGCCCUCGCCGACCCCUUCUGCAGACGACAGCGCUACGAUAGCCCGCCUGCGCCUCGAACUUUCCGAGGCCCUGCGUGCCAAGGGACAGUUCCAGCAUCGUCUCCAGACAGCCGAGGAAGAGCUUGCUCGUCUUCGCGCCAAAAGUGUGUCCGACUCCAAGACACUGCGCACUUUGACAGCCGAGCGACGCCUCCUAACCGUCAAGUUGCGGGAUCGCGAGGAGGAGCUCCGUGUUAAAACAAAGCUUGUGGCCGAUGUUCAGGACGAACUGGCCGUGCUCAACAUGCAGCUUGACAUGGUGGAGAAGCGGCGGGCCGAGCAGGAAGCCGAGAAUAAGCAGCUCGUUGAACGCUUCAUGAAGCGGAUUGGGCAAGAAGCCGAGGCCAUGAACUUGGCGAAUGAGCCACUGUUUACAAGGAAGAGGUGA